AUGUGCAUGUCUGACUCAACAUGGCAGUACACACUGCAGACUUUGAUCUGAAACUACAGGAGACAAAGUAAAAUAAUAUGCUACCUUUGCCGGUGCACUGGGUGGGGAGAGAGUGAGAGUCACAAGUUCGUUUCGGUUGUAUACAAUGCGUACACGGAAGGGCACAGGGCGGUUUGUGAUGGCCGUGUCUCAGUGGAUGUUCUGUGCUGCAGUGCUGCUCCUCCUCAUCCAGGGGCUCCAGUGUUCUCCUGUUCCCCCUGCUUGUCCGGAGUCCUGCCUUUGUCAGAAAGGUCUGCUAAACUGUUCCUUCGCUGGCCUUUCCCAGGCCCAACAACAUGUUCCAUCCACUGUCACUGAACUAGAUCUAUCUCACAACCUCCUGAAGUCCGUUACCCCCUCAUGGUCAAGUUGGAGGCUUGAGAGUCUAUGGCUUGGACACAACAGCAUCACUCACCUGUCUCUGUGUGUGCGGAGGACCUGGAGGGGUAAAUAUUGGAAAAUCCCCCUCUCACGUAGCCGAGGGAGAUGUGUGUCCUGGGCCCCAACUCUGCAGCUGCUCUCUGCUGAGAGGAACCAGCUAGAGAUGAUUCCUGAAGGCCUGGGAGGUAGUGAGUUCCUACAGGUGCUGCAGCUCUCCCACAACAGGAUCUAUGACCUGCGACCUGGAGACCUGUGCAGGUGCCCCCUUCUGAGAGAGAUCCAUCUGCAGCACAACCGUAUCUCCAACCUCCAUCCACAGGCCCUGAGGGACAUGCCAGAGCUCAGGGUCCUGGAUCUGAGCUUCAACUUGUUGACCACGAUCACUCCGUCAGCCUACCUGUCGCUGCGUAACCUGAAUGCCCUGGUGGAGGUGAGUGGGAACAGGUGGAGGUGCGACUGCAGCCUGCGGAGCUUGAGGAGGAAGAUGGCCUACGACAGGGACAGGGCCCUGCAGCAGACCUGGAGGGGGGUGGUGUGUACAUCCCCCUCCACCCAAGCAGGUAGAGACCUGCUACACCUGGAGGACAGUGACCUCACCUGCUCUACUGCUGAGAACAGGGUGGGGCUCCACCAGGAUGUGACAGUGGAUAAAGGGAUGGAGAUCCUGCUGCCCUGUGGCUCUCCAAAGCAAGAUUCAACAUGGUGGACGCCCAAUGGACAAGUUCCUGGGAGCCAGGCAGGCCUGCUGAUCAGUAACAUCACAGAGCGAGACGCAGGACUGUACGUGUGCGUCUCUGGGCCACACGAGGAGUCUGUGUCUGUAUUCAACCUGCUUGUUCACAAGGCAGAGAGGAAAACCAGAGACACUAGGAGUUUACACAGGGAGAGGCUACAGAUGAACUCAGAGUUAGGCAGCAUCCAGGGGGAAGGUCAGGAGACAGACCUGAACUCUCUAGACCUCCACAGGGCUACCCAGAGAACACAGUCUGACUUGGUCCUGGCUGUCUGCCUGUCUGUGUUCAUCACCUUCCUGGUAGCAUUUGUAAUUGGUGCUCUGACCAGACCUCUCCUGGACGCUCUCUGGAGGAGGUGUUGUAGCUGCUGUAACCGUACCAAGCAAAGCGCCUCCCCACCACAAUCGGUCUCCUCUGCCGGGCAGUCCCCCUACGAUAACACGGCCUAUUCAGAUGAGGAUGAGCGAGAGGAACUAGGGACACACAGGGAGAGGAGAGUGACAUUUAGUGGACAUCCUUCAGAACAAAGGGAUCAGAAUAGUAUUCCAUACUAUGAUACUGUGGCCAAUGGCAUGCAGGACAACCUCGCUGGGGAAUAUGAUGCAACAUAUGAGAAUGUUCCGGAGAGGGAUACCUCACACCCCUCUCUUGAGGUCUAUCACCCGCCUGAGGAGGAGAAGCCUAGGGUACGGGGCUCUGUCAGCUCAGGAAGCUUCCGACAUGACAACCCAGAGACAGACACUCACAUUGGAGAUCUCUCUGAUAUGUCUCUGAGUGAUCCACAAAGGGGCGCUUACCCAGUCCAUACCCACGGCAUGGAGUUUGAAUCCAUCCCCGACCCAGAACAGUUGCAGGGGUGUCGAAGCUUGUCUGUGUCUUCACACUCUGACCAGGAGAGUCCAGAUAGGGAUCAGGAUAUGGACUGGCCCAAAGACAAUUUGGCUCAGAGAUUGGAGGAGCUCAAGACCCGGAAGAAUUCCUGGGAGCCUCAAUCCCCCCAGAAGGAAGGCGACUCCUUUGAGCGCAGUUCAGAUUUCCCUACAGUUAAACCAGUUGAUGUUCUACAGAUCAACAUUGGCAGAGUGGGUGAGAUCCCUGGAUUUGCUUAUAGGAAAUCAAACAUGGCAGAUCCCAACCCCAUGGAUCCUGAGCUGUGGAAUGACAGCGGAGAGAGCUUUGAGUUCCCUGAUUCCAUCCAAGGUGCAUCGGCACGAUCCAGUAGUCAAGAUCUUUCAGGUUCUGCUUUUGCUGAUCAGUUGAGAAAAGAGUAUGAACAAGCGUGGAAUAAAGAAACACUUGUGGAAGAAUGGAGGGAGAAUGAUGAGUCCAGCUCCAGCAACUCAAGUGACAGUGGGAAUGAACCUACAGAGUACACUGUGAACCCAGAGAUGGGGGUAGUGAAGGAGAAGGAGAUUAUCCAGGAUGCACUACUUACACAUGAUAGCACAACAGACCCUGCAGCAGCGAACCCCUAUCUCAAACAUGAUGUUAGUUUGGACAAGCAGCACUAUAAGGACCCAGUCAGUCCCUCUCCAGAUGAGGAUGGAUUUCAUGUGAGUGAACUGAGACAGGAAGUUCAACGCUCUCAUUUGUUUUCAGAGCACUCUGAUUUGUCCAGUGAUAGUAGUGAUGAACCCACAAAGUACACAGUGAACAAGGAUAGCGAUGAGGAAGAGGAGGAUGAAGCUCAAGUCCCAGCUGUGACACACAAAGGUCCAUCUCUCAGUCUUGGAGACAUUAAUGUCUCUUUGGCUCCAAGGAAAGCUCUCAAUAUUGGCUUUUCCAAGGAUGGUUUUCAAUAUCAACCAGAGCCUGAGACAAGGUUGACUGGCGUGGGUCUUUCUUUCCAGAGUGCCAUCACCCCAAAGGAGACUUCAUUGCCCUCAGACGGGACAAGGGCUGGAGAGUCUCCAGCUCCAUUCUAUAUCCCCAGCCUCAGGAGAUGUCUGGAUAUUCAGCCUCCUCAGGACACUACACCUGCUCCACCACGGACACCACCACCCUCUGGUUCAUCCUCUUCUAGAAGUGAAAGUGAGGAUGAGACUACAAUGAAUCAAAAAAGAGAAGAGAAAGCUAAGGUCCCAGAUUCAUCUUUCAUUCCCGCAGGCAUUGAUGUCUCUUUUGCUCCAAGGAAAGCUCUCAAUAUUGGCUUCUCCAAGGAGGGUCUUCGAUAUCAAUCAGAGCCUGAGACAAGGUCGACAAGCUUGGAUCUCUCCUCUCAGAGUGAAUUCACCCCAAAGGAGCCGCUUCCCCAACAUCGAUUCCCAGAAGGGACAAGGACUGGAGAGACUCCACUAGAUAUCCCCAGCAUCCGGGGACAUUUAGAUAUUCAGGCCACUCAGGAAACUCCACCUGCUGCCCCAGGGUCACGCCGACCUGCUGGUUCAUCCUCUUCUAACAGUGAAAGUGAGGAUGAGACGACAAUGAAUCAAAAAAGGGAAGAGAAAUCUCAGGACUCCGAUUCAUCUUUCAUUCCCGCAGGCAUUGAUGUCUCUUUUGCACCAAGGAAAGCGCUCAAUAUUGGCUUCUCCAAGGAGGGUUUUCAAUAUCAAUCAGAGCCAAGUUUGACUGGCAUGGGUCUAACCUCCCAGAUUGCCAUCAGUACAAAGGAGCCCCUUCCCAAAUCUUCAAUUCCCUCAGAUGGGACAAGGGAUGAAGAGUCUCAAGUUCCACUCUAUAUCCCCAGUUUCAAGAGACAUGUGGAUAUUCAGCCUCCUCAGGAGACUCCACCUGCUGCCCCACAAACACCACCACCCUCUGGUUCAUGCUCUUCUGGAAGUGAGAGUAAGGAACUUGACAGGGAGGUCCCAGAUGUCACACACAAGGAUCCAUUUCUCAGUCUUGGAGACAUUAAUGUCUCUAUAGCCCCAAGGAAAGCUCUCAAUAUCAGCUUCUCCAAGGAGGGUUUUCAAUAUCAACAAGAACCUGAGACAAGGUCGCCUAGCUUGGAUCUCUCCUCUCAGAGUGAAUUCACCCCAAAGGAGCCUCUUUCCAUAUCUUCAAUUCCCUCAGAUGGGACAAGGGAUGAAGAGUCUCUAGUUCCACUCUAUAUCCCUAUUUUCAGGAGACAUGUGGAUAUUCAGCCUCAUCAGGAAACUCCACCUGCUUCCCUACGAACAUCACAUAACUCUGAAUCAACCUCUUCCAGCAGUGAGAGUGAAGAUAAGACUACAAUGAACCAAGAAAGAGAAGAGGAGAAAGCUAAGGUCCCUGAUGUCACAUAUAAGUAUCCAUCUCUCAGUCCUACAGACACACCCAUUAAUGUCUCCUUUGUUCCAAGGAAAGCUCUCAACAUUGGCUUCUUCAAGGAGAGUUUUCAAAAUCAAUCAUCAGAGUCAAAGUAUGAGAGUAUAACCACCACAAAUGAUAGAGGUUUUCAGGAAGAUGCCAAGCCUGCUCCCAAAACAUCAAUAUUUUACUCCACCUCCUCAGACAGGGCGAGAACUGAGGAGCCACCAGUUCCACUCUACAUCCCUGGACUCUGGAGGCAUCAGAAUAUCCAGCCCUCUCAGGAUGCUACACUUGCCGAAUCAUCCUCUGCUAGCAGUGAGAAUGGAGAUGGGCUUACAGAACACACAAAGAAACCAGGGAGAGACGUCACAGAUUUCUCGCUCAGUCCUGGGGACACGCCUAUUAAUGUCUCCUUUGCCCCAAGAAGAGCUCUCAAUAUCAGCCUUUACAACUCAGCCAGUACCACAGAGGAGGUGGAGAGGAAGACCGGAGCAGAGGACAGGUGGGAAAGGCCAGGGCUUGGUGGUCUGAAGGCACUGUCAGAGACACAAAGGUGGGACACAAAGGACAGUUCUACAAACAUGAAUGUUUCUUUCUCUCAAAUGAGUGCUCUCAAUAUCAACUCAGACAGCAGCACAGAUGAGGUGGGCAGGAGAGCCAGAGCAGACUACAGCAGUCCCAUACUCGAGCGUACCAUUAGCAGAAAGGACGGAGGCUUUGAGGAAGAAACCCAUCCCUUUCCCCAACUGUCUUUACCAAAAACAUCAUCCCUUUUCUACACUUCCACUGAUGAGGCGAGGCCUAUAGAGUCUCCACUCCAAAUCCACCGCCAUAGGAGGCGUCUAGUUGUAGACAUUCAGCCCCACCUGGCUCCACCUAGUGCCCCAGGAACACCACCACCUUUCCCAGAGGGAGAAGAGGCAGCUGGUUCUGGAUGGAGGAGCAGGGGACAACAGAGGUGGAGAGCCAUAGAUGGAUUUGGCCGUACAUCCAUGACACAGGGAGAUGAAGGAGAGAAGAACUAUAUGGGGUUAUUGGCUGCUAAACCAUUCGGCACAGCUCGUCAGUACCAGAGCGUUACCCCAGAAACCAUUAUGGCCACACAGCAUAGUGAGAUCUCCGAGAGGGAUGGUUCUGACCUGACCUUCUCCACUGUAAGACACAGUGAGGCUUAAGACCGACCGUAUUUGUUUGUGCUGAUUUAAGAUAAGUUGCACUUAAUAUUGAGAAAAACGCAGCAGACGACAAAGAGAUUAGAAGUUGGAUUUUAUAUUUUAUUACAGAAUUAUACUGUUCUUACAUUGUAAAAUAUGAGUAAUUUGUGGUGGAAAACCAGACAUGUUUAUCGUAAUGAAAAUGGCUGUUUAUAUGACUUUGAAUGAUAUAAUAGACUGAGGGAUUGUAAAGGUGGGAGCAUUAAACACGGUUUGAAUUUCCCAGA